AUGUCUGGAACGGGACCCCGCGAGGCCAUCUUCCCGACGCGUAUGAACCUGACGCUCACGAAGGGCCGUCUUAAGGGUGCGCAGACGGGACACUCGCUGCUCGCCAAGAAGCGCGACGCGCUCAUGACCCGUUUCCGUUCCAUUCUCAAGAAGGUCGACGAGGCCAAGUUGUCGAUGGGCCGUGUGCUCCAGCUGGCUUCCUUCUCCCUUGCCGAGGUCACGUACACUGCCGGAGAUAUCGGCUACCAGGUGCAGGAGAGUGUGCGCAAGGCGACGUACACUGUUCAGGCUCGCCAGGAGAACGUUUCGGGUGUCGUUCUGCCUGCGUUCGAAGGAGUGCGAUCAAAGGAUGGCGGCGACUUCAACCUGACCGGUCUCUCGCGUGGUGGACAGCAGAUCCAGCGCUCCCGAGACACUUACGUCAAGGCUGUCGGAACGCUUACUGCAUUCACUAUUCUUGACGAGGUCAUCCGUGCGACGAACCGCCGUGUGAACGCGAUCGAGCACGUCGUCAUCCCGCGACUGGACAACACGAUCAAGUACAUCAACUCGGAGCUGGACGAGAUGGACCGUGAGGAGUUCUUCCGUCUGAAGAAGGUGCAGGGCAAGAAGAAGCGUGACGCCGAAAAGGCGAACGCGGAGCGUCUCAAGAAUCUCCAGGCGCUCGAGGAGCAGGGCCACGAGGUGUCCAAGGACGAGGGCAUGGGCGGCGGCGCCGAGGGCGGCGGCGACAUGCUUCACCAGGACAAGGACGAGGACGUCAUCUUCUAA